UUUGGAGCGCAGACACAAGUUUACCGACUAGUACCGAGCGACCAGACGACGGGAGCCGUCAUAACGCAUAAAUAUAUCCACCGCCUCACACUUCCUCUGACACCGCUGCUGCCUCUUCUUCCCUCCUCUCGAGAAGCUGCCUGCUACCCGCGCGCUGCCUCUCCCUUCCACUCCAUACCAUACCGCCACGACAACGUCGACAAGCGCAAUACCGGAGCCCUCCGAAAUGGCCGAGGACAAGGAGACCGACUCGCCGCAGCCGCCGGCCAAGCUGCCCCGCCUCUCCCGCGCCGACACGAGCGCCGGUAAGCACGCGCGGGCAGGCAGUAGAGAGGUGACCAUGGCGGCCUCGUCGCCGCUGGUUCUUGGGCUGGGGCUGGGCCUCGGCGGGCGCGGCGGCGGCGGCGAGCGAGACGCGGAUGUGUCCCCCGCGACGGUGACUCCCAAGAGGCCGUCGGCGCUGACGUUCAUGCAGCAGCAGGAGCUGGAGCACCAGGUGCUCAUCUACCGCUACUUCGCCGCGGGCGCGCCGGUGCCGGUGCACCUGGUGCUCCCCAUCUGGAAGAGCGUCGCCGCGUCCUCCUUCGGCCCGCAGCGCUUUCCCUCGCUGAUGGGCCUGGGCAGCCUGUGCUUCGACUACCGCAGCAGCAUGGAGCCGGAGCCCGGGCGGUGCCGGCGCACGGACGGCAAGAAGUGGCGGUGCUCCCGCGACGUGGUGCCGGGCCACAAGUACUGCGAGCGGCACGUCCACCGCGGCCGCGGCCGUUCAAGAAAGCCUGUGGAAGCCGCCGCGGCACCGGCGGCGGCGGCCGGCGGCAGCAGCCCCGUCCUCCGGGUCGCCGCGCCCCAGCACGUGCUCGGCCUCUCCUCGCCCACCAGCGUCCUCCUCGCCCACGGCGCCGCGCGUGCCACGUGAGUAGCGCGCCGCCGCGGGCCGACCGAUGGUGCCGUGGUCUACUGGUCUUGGGCCUCGGAAUCACGAGGGGCAAACGGAAUCCGCAGGGGUUAUUACUGUGUCGUGCGUGCUGUAAUCUUUUUUUUCUUCUCUCCCUCGCAGAAGUCGAGAAAACAACCCGGUUUAGCAUGCAUCGGUACGGUAGCUCGCUGCGUUGAUUCUGCUGUUUACGUGUGCCUGAGACACCAGUACACGGGGGGAAUCAUUUUUCUUCUGUUGUGUUUGGGGAGGGCGGCCUCGCUGGUGUGGGGGCGAUCCGGCUCCUGGGCGGGGGCGCGGGGCCCCCCGGCUUGCUGUCCCUCCUGGGGACGCGAAGGGGUGAGCUGUGAGCAGCACUGCGUGCUCUGGACCUUGUCAGAGGCUGGCUCGGGCUGCGUGACGACUCACGAUGCGUUGGAGGCUGCACUCUGUCUGCGCAUGGCGCAGGCGCAGGCGCAGCGGCCUGCGGCGGUGUGGGCCUGUUGGCUGUUGCCUCGCCGGUGCAAAACCAUCGUCCGAGGGGGCUGCCUUGUUGCUUGGGAACGGAGAUUUCAUGAUGGUUGAGUGAGUCCUUGUUUUUUUUAUUUUAACCUAUAUUUAACUUGUAUAAUCUGAAUGGAAAACUAUCUUUAGAUUUUA